AUGGCGGACACCUCCAUCCUCAGGGUCAUCACGGCCCCCCCUCACGUCGAUGACCAUCGCAUGCACAUGUCUGGCUCGAACUCUGGAGUCUUCCCGUCCCCUCGAAUGCAACCUGGAUACCCUUCUCCCAUGGCACCCCCAGCUCAAGUGGCCUUCGGGCAGCCGAUGCCCCCAUUUUAUGGCACCCCUCAAGGUGGCCAAAUGAGACCCUACCAGGGUGGUCCCCAGUUUGUAAACCCACAAGCUCCGAUGAUGGUGCAGCAGCCGUCCAAUGGACCUUUCAUGGGAGUUCCACAGGGCAUGGGUCCAUACAACCAACAGAUGCCUAUGUACUCUCCCUCUCCUGCCCACGCAUACCCUCAGCAUGCACCUGCGCCUCAGCCUCAUAGCGGGUACCCCAGUCCGAGCCGUGGUGCGCCCAUGAUGAUGCACCAGAACUCUCAGUCAGGACAACCCCCGCAGCCGAUGAUGUAUAUGCCCGGACACCACAUGCCCCCCAACCGUGGCAAUUACCCGCAGCAGCCUCAUUUCUCCUCCAGUCCGCAUCAGUCACAUCAUUUCCACCCCAACCAGCACCGUACAACCAGUAACGGAUUCAACCAAAUCCCCCCAAUGCCCCCUCAGUUGUCUAGCAACACACCAAACUCUGGAGCUUCUCAUUCCGCUGAGGCUACGGACGAAGGCAAAUGA